CCAAAUCCGCACCACUUUCCAUAAUAUUCGUCCUUGAGAUAAAACAGGUAAAAAAAAGCAAAAAAAAAUUCGGUGCAACAAAUUUCUUAAAUAUAUUUCAAAAAUUGGGACCUGUAAGCGGAACAUAAGACUACAGUCGUACGGACAGACUGUCGAAGAUUAAUGCAAAAAGAGUUUCUGAAUAAAUCGAUGGGUCUAUCUCAAGUCUUUUCGCUAUUAUAAGACCCUAUGUCACGGGUGGCGAAGAGUAUGAAGUAGGAAAAGUAUAUCCUCAACUGGAGACAUGCCAGUUAGACAAUAGAAAAUAGUUUUUCAAAUUAUUCGGUGAUCUUCUCCAAAAUGGGUAUCCGAAAUUUUUCGAUGAAUAUCUGCUGCAGAAUUCGGACUCACCAAAACAUUGCAUAUUCUUCGUCGUAAUAUUAUGUUUUUAAGUUCAGCAUAUGCUACGAAUUCCAUUCAAAAGCUAAUGGCAGUGUUAAAACUUAUUAUAAAGGAGAACAACUAUAUUGUUUUACAUGUACAUGUAAUGACUUGCAAACUUUUGUAGAUGUUUUACUAUGUUUUUCCACUUCGUUGCUAUAACAAUUUCAAGGUUUUGAAAGUCUUGUGUAAAGUUUUGCAAAACAAAUAGAAAAAAUUUCAAUCAAACACAAGUUCACCAUCGUUUACAAAUGUAACAUAAGAGGAAGACUAUCAAUUUCAUUAUACUCGGAAUAAACUUCCUAGCACUAUGGGAAUGUUUAAUAAUUUUCUACAUUUACUCAAAAUCAACAAAGAGAAAAUGACUGUUUUGGUAGUGGGUCUUAAUAACAGUGGCAAGUCGACUAUUAUUAAUCAUCUGAAGAAAAAAACGCAUGAACCAGGUUCAAAUAUUGCGAUACCGACAGUGGGUUUUAAUAUCGAAGAAUUUUAUAGUCAAGGGGUUUUAUUUACUAUGAUUGAUAUGUCCGGAGCUUGGAAAUAUCGUAAUUUGUGGCAGCAUCAAUUCAAAAAUUGCCAAGGCAUCAUUUACGUGAUUGAUUCUAGUGACAAAAUGAGAAUGGUCGUUGUAAAGGAAGAAUUAAAUAUUUUGCUACAACAUUCCGAUCUGCUGCAUCGUAACAUUCCUCUCUUGUUUUAUAAUAAUAAAAUCGAUUGUGAAAGUUCUCUGUCUUGUGUCAACAUCGCAGCCGCCUUAGAUCUAUCAUCAAUAACAGACAAGCCAUGGCAUGUCAGUUCCAGCAGCGCUAUAACAGGUGACGGCCUCGAGGAAGGCGUUCAAUGGCUUAUACAGCAAAUACGUUUAGUAAAUCAUAAUCAUAAGAAAGUUAAACAUAAAAAACGUGAUAAACGGAAGUAAUUAUAAUAAAAUGAAUUGUUAAUUAUGGAAGACUUAAGAGCCCUAUAUCAAAACUUUGCGUAAUACGUAAUUCUUGAAAAUUUUUACACGCGAGCGGUUGCAAAAUGUCAGUUAAAAUGUUUUGAAAAGUGUAGGAAAAAUAGCUAACUUCGAA